AUGCCUCUGAACCCUUCCGCCACCCCCGUCCCACCAGCUCCCUAUACACACGCACAAGAAGUGAGCUCUCUCCCUGCUGCAUCCUCUACACUUGCCGACACCAACAACCCUCUUCGUCCCGUGCAGGAGGUUGCUGCGAGCUCGCUCGUCGAUAGCGUUCCAUCUUCGCACGCCUCCCUCCUCGAUUCUCUCAAGCCAUCUUCGCAUCCCGGCCGCUCCGACCUUAGCUUUACCACCUCGGCUCUGCAGCGUGCUGGCUUGCUUCCUGCCAACCCCCCUUCUGCCCGCUCUCAUCCUACCAUGUCCGUCACCGCUGCCUCGGGCGGCGCACCUGCCGCCUCAGAGACACUGCAGAGAGUUAUGGGUCAUGGCACUGCCUCGGGGACUGCCACCAACGGCGCUUCAACCCCGUCCCAAGCUGGCCCUUUGACUCCCGCACAGCUCAAGAACAUGACCCCGGCACAGGCCAACGCUGCCUUACAGAACCCCGUCGGCAAUGUCCCCACCGUCUACCUCGCCACUUACUCCAAUGUGCCCGUCUACGAGAUCACCGUUCGUGGCAUCGCCGUCAUGCGGCGACGCGGCGACGGUUGGCUCAACGCAACCCAGAUCCUCAAGAUCGCAGGUAUCGAAAAGACGCGCCGAACCAAGAUCCUCGAAAAGAGCAUCCUCACCGGCGAACACGAAAAGAUCCAGGGAGGAUACGGCAAGUUCCAAGGAACCUGGAUUCCCCUUCAGCGAGCCCAAGAGGUCGCCGCCGAAUACAACGUCUCGCAUCUCCUCCAGCCCAUCCUCGAGUUCGACCCCGCCACCGCUGACCAGAUCCCCAAGCUCUACCAGCGCAAGAAACCUGCUUCCUCGGCGCGCAACUCUUCCGCCUCUGCUAUCAACGACGGAAGAAGCCAAACGCCCUCCAAACUCUACUCGCCUGCGCCGUCCAGCCUCGGUGGUCCAAGCCAGCAGCCUCGCUUCCUCUCUUUGCGUCCGCCCAAGGAUGCACAGCAGCGCGAAAUGUCUCCCGCGCUCUUCAUGCCCCCGGGCGCGAGCGGUCUUCUGGGUAACGGCGCUUAUGCUACCGACGGCGCAGUCGCAUUAGCCGGUCCGCAGGCCAUCCCGCCUGGAUCGAGUCAGGCAGAACAGGAUGCGCUCCGCAGCUACAAUGUGUACGGCUACACGCCACAGGGUGUGCCACUUCCCGCCUCUGAAGAUGAUGCCGUCGCCGCUGCUGGCGACAAACGAGUUGCUGCUGAAGACGAUCAGCAAGGUGCUUCCGCUGUGAAGCGAUCGCGAGUCACGAGCCCGCCGCCGCAGCAGCAGCGAGACUCCGGUCUCCUGCUCGGCCCUUCGCCCGUCAAGGACCUCAAUGCUCUUGGCCCAGCCGGUGGUUCUUUGCGUGCAGCUUCGGCACCUCGUGGACACCGCAUGGCCGUCGGUCCUCCCGAAGCAGCUGGCCGAGAUGGCUCCGUUCCUCGCUAUGCCGAUCGUGCUCUGGCGCCCAAGCCGUACGACGAGGGUGAAAAGCGAAUGCGUGAUCGCCUCGUCAGCCUCUUUUCAGACGAUGGGGUGCCGGAGGGCACAUCUGCGGGCCCCGUUGCAGCUGCCUCUGCGUCAACUUCAGACGAAGACGACGAAGCGUACGUUGCCAAGCUAGACAGCUUGCUGGCCGACUUGAGGGAAAAGGCUAGCUUGGGCGGGCUUGGCGCCAGUGGAUCCGAUGGUCCCAAAGCGACGGUCGAUCUUAUCACUGAUGAUCAUGGUCACACCGCUUUACACUGGGCUUCAGCUCUUUGCCGUCUCAAGCUCGUCCGCACGCUCGUUGCACGUCCACCUUGGCAGGGUGGAGCUAACGUCCACGCCGGCAACCACGCUGGCGAGACGGCUCUGCACCGCUCGGUGCUCGUCACCAACUCGUACGACGCCUCAUCCUUCCCCAAGCUGCUCCAUCUGCUUUCGUCGUCGCUCAACACGCGCGACUUCAAGAAGCGCACUGUCUUGCAUCACAUUUCGCUCGUCGCUGCUCUCAAGGGCCGUGCCGCGUCGGCGCGAUACUAUCUUGCAUGUGUGCUCGAGCACAUCGCUGCUGAAAAGAGUUCCAAGUACAAGGGUCUCAUCGACGCGCAAGACGAGGACGGCGAGACGGCGCUCGGCAUCGUCGCGCGUCUGGGCAAUGCCAGCAUGGUGCGCAUGCUUCUCGACGUCGGUGCACGCAAGGACCUUCCCAACGCGCUAGGCAUCCGUCCCUCAGACUGGGGCAUCGAGUCCGGUGGCGACAACGCUUCGUCGCAGUCGCAGAAUGACGGUGGCUCCGUUGCUGGCGCAAGCACCGUCUCGUCCCUGCCACCGUUGACAGCAGCCGAUCUUGCGUCGCAGAAUCCGUCCGACAUCGUCUCAGCCUUGACGCGACCCGCACAGGUGCCUGUGAUGAAGAGUUCCGACGUGCGCGAUCAGCUCAGCUCGACGCUUGACGAUCUGCAGUCGACGUUUGAGCGCGAACUCAAAGAGAAGCAAGACGCCAUCUCGACCGUGCAGAGUCAUCUGCAGGCUGCUACAAGAGACCUUGCCGCGCGACGCAAGACGGUCUCUGCUGCGCAAGGCAAGCUCGCCGAGAAGGAUGAGGCACGUCAGCGUGUGCAGAACUUGCGGCGUGCUAUCGUCUCGCAGCUGGGUUGGGACGAGGCGGACGCAGCGGUCAAGUUGGAAGAGCUCGAGAGUGAGGCUGCCUCGUCGGCGAGCAAGCCGGCUGAUGCGAUGGACGUCGAUGAGGCCGAGGACGUCAAGCCUGUGCUCGCUUCGGGGCCCGAACCGCUCAUCGACAACCUGCUGUCGUCCAAUACGAUCGAAUCGGACCUCAAGUCGCUGGGUGCCUCUUCGGUCAAGACAGAGCUGGUCGAGCAGGAGCAGUUAGUGCGUCUGCGCUGGCUUGUCUCCUUCUACCAGUCCAACUGCGAUGAUUUCGCCGCCAAGAUCGCUGAGUUGGAAGACUCGAGCGCCAAGAAAGAGGCUCAGUGCCAGCAGGUUGUGGCUAUUUGUGCCAACAUCCCGCAAGACAAGGUGGAGGGGAUGCUCACCGAGCUGCUCACAGCGAUGGAGAGCGAUGGUCCCGACGUGGACCUGGCGAGGGUUGCCAACUUUAUGCAGAAGGUCGGCAAGCCGGGAGGUGAGAACGGUGAGCAGCAGGCGACAGCGGGAGCACAGCUGAGUACGUCGACGAGUCUGAGCACGACCGUGUCGAGCGCCGACACGGCGGCGAGCAGCACGGUGCCUGCGGCUGAUGGUGAGGGUGCCAAGGUCACCAGCACGUAG